ACUGACAUCGAAUUAGCUUACAUUAUUUUCGUUGAAUAUUCAAAAUGUAGCUAAUAUUAAUAUCGAAUAUUUCAGAUUUCUAAUUGACGUGAUAUUUUUUAUGUCUGAUUAUUAACCUCGUAUUCUGUCAUUAAGUUGAAUCUUAACUAGACUUUCGCGUAUCUUCUUGAAACGGUUGAUCCAUUUGUUUGUUGUGGCGCCACGCUAUAUACAAAAAGCCGGCUCAGCACAUGGUCGUCUUUGGAUUCGUAUGAAAGUGACGUGAUCGAAUAACUUUAAUAUAAAAAUAAUUAUGGAAUCCUUAGUAGAUCCUAAUUUAAACGCAGAUGUUUAUAGAAAUAUGACUGCAGCAGAUAGGCCGCCUGUUGUUGACAAGAAUUUACAAUUUAUAUUAAUUCAUAAUGAAAAAAGUGCAAUUCUUGGAGGUAGUAAUAUGACGGAUCGCUAUUGGAGUGGUACUAUUUGGUAUUACAAUGAUAUUUCAGACUUUGAUAGAGAUAAAGCUUUUGUUGCCCUAAAAACUGAAAGUGUUGUGUGUGAUGGUGCUGAUUUAGAGCGUGAUAAAUUUGUAAUUGGCGAAGAUAGUGGAGUUUUACAAGUUUUAGGUUUAGUUGAAGUAGCUGACACACAUUCGCAAGAAUUACAAUCCUUAGGAUAUGCUUGUCUACAUGACGGUAGUCUUUUAACUCUGUCUGUAUUUGAAGACAAUACCCAUUUAGUUACAGGUGGAAUGGAUUAUUGUAUAAAAGUAUGGGAUACAGCAGAAUUGAUGGCAAUCCAUUCAUUCAGUUUUGCUCACACGGAUAUAAUUACUUCUGUUGAUGCACAACCAAGGAAUAACACUACAUUUGUGUCAACAUCGUUAGAUUGCGAAGCAUUAAUAUGGGAUAUAAGACAAUCAAAUCCAGCUCAAAGUAUUUUGAAGAAAGAUUUUGGUCUGACAGCAGUAAAUUGGAAUACUAUUUUGGAUCAUAUUAUAGCAAUAGGUACUGAAAAUGGGGAUGUUACACUUGUUGAUAUCAGAAAAGCAGGCAUUUCAAUAUUACAGGAUGCAAAUGUAUUUCCAAGAUCAGUUCAUAAACUUUUAUUUAACCCAAACCCCGAGAGAUCGGAAGAAUUAGCAUGUUGCUGUGAUGAUACACGUGUAGAUGUACUUGAUAUAAAUAACAAUUUUUCAUCGAUAUAUAAAAAUGAAAGACAUAGUGAUUUUGUACGUGGACUAGCAUGGUAUAAAGAUCAAUUAUUUUCAUGUUCUUGGGAUAAUACUGUGAGCAAACAUAUAAUACAGUCCCAUAAAGAACUCUAAAUAGCUUAUUUCAUAUCACUCCGGUCAUUAAAGACUAUACUUUAAACUUAAGUUAUGAUUUUAUUUGUAUACUAAUUUUAUUACCUUUUUUAUAUUUGCUGAAACUGUUUAUAUUAUUAAAUGUAGUCAGUUGAACAAGAUAAAUUAUGAAAAUCUUUUUUGCUACAGCAGUUUCUUUGAUUACUAUUUCUUGCAAAUAUAAAUAUUAUUGUAAAGAUUCCGUAUUUAUGUUCUUUUCCAUCUAAGUUUCUCAUUUUAUUCAAAAAGGGUAAAAAUUAAUUACUAAUUUUUGUUACAAAACAAAUUUUAGUGAAUAUAAAUUACAAAAAACUUUCAAGUUUUAAACUUGUUCUUUUACUUUCUGCUGCAAUAAACCAAUGAAACAUUUAAGGAUCAUGUAUUAUAGUCGAAAAAUUAAAUACAGAAAACAACUUUAUUACUCAAUUUAUUUGUGUAAAAUAUAUAUUCGAAAAGCACUAGUGACAUAAAUAAAAAAGUUUCACAGUUUAUUUUCAAUACAUGGGAUAUGACAUGUAUAUAUGUCAAUAUAAAGAAAUUACAAAUAAGUCGAACUUCUAAAUUACAUAAAUGCUGACACUUCUAUAUUUCAAAUGUUUUUAACUCAACCAUUAAUAAUAUGGUAAUUCUAAGUUGUUUCUCAAAAUUUAAAUAUUUAUUUUAUGAACAAGCAGAAAGGCUUUUUCAUAGAUAUUCAAUCAAAUUGUAUGUGAAUACAAUUAUCCUAAGAAACGGUUAAUAUGAUUCGUCAAAUGAUUUAAUAUCAUAAAAGGGAAAUAUAUAGUAUUAUAGACAAAGUACAAGUCACUGUCACCAUAAGUAUAUGUCCAGGGACAAAUUAUUGUGGAUUUCCUACGUUCAUGAUAAUAAUUACUUUAAAAGUACCUUUUCUCUUUUUUAUCCUUUUUUACAAUAUAUUGGUUUAUUUAUAUAUUCGUCUCAAUUAUUAAAAUAUUGUUCACAUAAUAAAUUCUUGCAUCAGCAAGCUUAUGAAUUCUUGAUUGUAAGGUAUAAAAUUUCAUAGAAUAAACGCUUAUUGGUAUGAUGCCCAUCUAA